CAGCGGCCACAGAAACAGCCCAGCAUGGCAGGAGCCCCAGACCUCAAGCUCAGCCAGAGAAGAGGAAGCCGAAAACCGGAAUACUGAUGCUAAACAUGGGAGGCCCAGAAACCCUGGGAGACGUUCAUGACUUCCUUCUGAGGCUCUUCUUGGACCGAGACCUAAUGACACUCCCCAUUCAGAACAAGCUGGCACCAAUCAUCGCCAAACGCCGAACCCCCAAAAUCCAGGAGCAGUACCGCAGGAUUGGAGGCGGAUCCCCCAUCAAAAUGUGGACUUCCAAGCAAGCAGAAGGCAUGGUGAAGCUGCUGGACAAGAUGUCCCCACACACAGCCCCUCACAAAUACUAUAUUGGAUUCCGGUAUGUCCACCCUUUAACAGAAGAAGCGAUUGAAGAGAUGGAGAGAGAUGGGCUUGAAAGGGCUGUUGCUUUCACGCAGUACCCACAGUACAGCUGCUCUACCACAGGUAGCAGCUUAAAUGCCAUUUACAGAUACUAUAGUGAAGUGGGAAAGAAGCCCAUGAUGAAGUGGAGCACGAUUGACAGGUGGCCCACACACCCCCUCCUCAUUCAGUGCUUUGCAGACCACAUUCAGAAAGAGCUGGACCAUUUUCCACCGGAGAAGAGGGGCGAGGUGGUCAUUCUUUUUUCUGCUCACUCACUGCCAAUGUCUGUGGUCAACAGAGGGGACCCCUAUCCUCAGGAGGUGGGCGCCACUGUCCAGAGAGUCAUGGAGAAGCUGGGUUACUCCCACCCCUACCGACUGGUUUGGCAGUCCAAGGUUGGUCCGAUGCCCUGGCUGGGCCCUCAGACAGACGAGACUAUCAGAGGGCUUUGCGAGAGGGGGUGGAAGAACAUCCUUUUGGUCCCGAUAGCAUUUACCAGCGAUCACAUUGAGACACUGUAUGAACUGGACAUCGAGUACUCUCAAGUCCUGGCUAACGAGUGUGGAGUUGAAAACAUCAGAAGAUGCGAGUCUCUUAAUGGAAAUCCACUGUUCUCUAAGGCCCUGGCCGACCUGGUGCACUCGCACCUCCAGUCCAACGAGCUGUGCUCCAAGCAGCUGACCCUGAGCUGCCCGCUCUGCGUGAAUCCCGUCUGCAGGGAGACUAAGUCUUUCUUCGCCAGCCAGCAGCUGUGACCCCGCCAGCGGGCCCCUGGGAUCAGGCAGAUGCCAGCCUCCAGACACCUCCGACGGGGACGUGCCCGAGGGUGCAUUUAGCGCUCACGCACAGCCUUUGGACACACAUCGUGUGGUUACUUGAGGAACGACUCUGAAAUCCUUAUUGGGGGUUUUCUAUUUUUCUAUCCCAACAUAGUAAACACCUACAUUCUCUCUCUUUGGGUAAAGUCACUCAUUUUGGAAUGGCCACUAGGCUAUUUAACAAGUGAGUUUUAAAAAUUUAUCUUAUGAGAUGCACACAUAUUUAAAUACAGAUUUUGGUUUUAUUGCCCAAAAAACCUGCAUGGGGACUGAGAGUCCCUGCUGUGGGCUGUCAGUGUUUAUAAGUCUCAUGCAUAUAGUUGUUUUUUAAGUGAACGUAGUUGAGUAAAUGCAAUAUAAUUUGAAAAAGCAAUGUUACCUAAUCUCUCCUGAGCCCAUGGGUUACAGAAUGCUGGUGAGGAGGCGUGGUUGCCUACCAGGGCUGCUUUUGCCAGUGCUGGGACCAUUAAUGGUCAUUUUGGUGCUUGUAUGUACCCUCACUUUCCUCACCUUCAAACCAAAUCAAGCGCAGAUGCCAAAAGUGCUCUGAGCGCCCCAGGCACACAAGGCUAAUAAACUUGUAGAAAUCCAGCGUUGUCAUCCGUGCCGGGGUGGGAAUCUGUGUGCCACGGGAAGGGAGGCUCCUGCUCCCUCCUGUCCCCAAGGACGAGAUGCCGGGAACGCUGAUGAUGGGAUUCACUGUUCAAGCCCCUCCCAGGACCCAUGAACCUUUCUCUCAAGCAUCGUUAUCUUGAUUGAAUGUCGCCUUUCUGCACAUUUGUUUGAAGAAUUAUUUUAUAAAGUCAACUGUGUAUUGUAAUCUUGAAUUCUUAGUUUACAAUUUUUAAUUACAAAAAUUAUAUGACCUGAUAGGAAAUUUGAAACAGAGAAGAGAGAAAUAACCACUGUAAUGCAACAGCUAUUCAUCACUCUCUUUCAUGCCAUUUUUUUCCUGUGGGUAUUUUUAAGGCCAUUGUAACCUUGAAUUUGAGUGAAAAGUUCUAAAAAUGUAGAAAUAAUGUAGGAUCAGAGUCUGAUCUUCUGUACUUGGAUUUGAAUGGAUUAAAAGUCUGAUGGAUCCGUAA